AUGCCUCUCACAGCAUCCGAUGAGGAUGCCGCAACGCUUUCCUCCCAAGAGCAAUCUUCUUCCAUCUGGAAUCGUUUCGGCGCCCGUGUUAGUGGUGCCUUUAGUGGCGCAGACCCCCGAGUCUGCGUCGCUUUCUGGCUCUUCGGCCUUAUCAACAAUGUCCUAUAUGUGAUCAUCCUCUCGGCAGCCGUAGAUCUAGUCGGACCCGAUAUACCAAAAGGCGUCGUUCUCCUCGCGGAUGUGGUCCCGUCAUUUGCGACCAAACUUGUCGCCCCGCACUUUAUCCACCUGGUCCCAUAUUGGAUGCGCAUCCUCGUCUUCGCCUUGCUGUCAUCCGUGGGCAUGCUGGUCAUCGCCAUGAGCCCAGGUUAUACUGAUGGGGGAACGAUAGCAUCCAAGAUCGCGGGAAUCAUCCUGGCUAGCUUUUCUUGCGGUGCUGGGGAGCUGAGCUUUGUGGGUCUCACGCACUUCUACGGUCCGUUCAGUCUGGCUGCGUGGGGGAGUGGUACUGGCGCCGCUGGGCUGAUCGGAGCUGGUGCUUAUGCCCUCGCAACUUCGGCGCUGGGCUUCUCCGUUCAUGUCACUUUGUUGGUUUCGGCCUGCUUACCGGCCAUUAUGGCUAUGAGCUUCUUUGUCGUGCUCCCCAUGUCCCCCUUGAGAUCUGCUGAAAUCGGCGCUGAUAGAUAUCGUGCCGUUGAGGGCGGGGGCCGGGUGGAGGAAGAUGAAAUGGAUGAUGGCGCUGGUGGUGAAGACGAGAGGCUCUUGGGAGUGUCCCCCGUCCACAAGUCUAUCCAUGUCAACCAAGGUGGUUCCUGGCAGGACCAGGCACGCGUGAAUCUACAUCGCAUCAAGGGACUGUUCAUUCCUUUCAUGGUCCCGAUGCUACUGGUCUACAUCGCCGAGUACGUGAUCAACCAAGGUGUGGCUCCAACUCUGCUUUUCCCACUGCGUGAAUCACCAUUCGAGCACUUCCGCUCGUUCUACCCGACCUAUAAUGCCAUCUAUCAGAUUGGCGUCUUUAUAUCCCGCUCCUCGACCCCAUUCUUUCGCAUCCACAAUCUGUACCUGCCGUCGCUCCUGCAGGUGGUCAACCUUGCGUUGCUGACCCUCCAUGCUCUGUUUAAUUUUAUUCCCAGCGUAUGGCUUGUGUUCAUCGUCGUUUUCUGGGAGGGCCUCCUUGGUGGAGUGGUAUAUGUCAAUACCUUUGCUGAGAUUGCAGAGCAUGUUCCUAAGGAGGACCGUGAAUUCUCAUUGGGCGCUACCACUGUCAGUGACUCGGCAGGUAUCUGCAUUGCGGGCUUCCUCAGUAUGGGGUGGGAGGUCUGGUUGUGCAGUUGGCAGGUUGAACAUGGGCGUGAUUAUUGCCGACAAAAGACAUAG